UACCAGCAACAGCCAGCAUCGUCAAUGUUUCUUCAGCCGCAGAUGCAUUCUCAACAGCAGCAGCACCAGCAGCUGUACAUCUCAUCCCAACCAUUAUCGUCGCAGCCGCAAAGUCAACCCUUAGGUUUUAGUCAGCAUGGGAUUGCACCGGCUCCAGGAUACCUACAACCGCAAUAUCAGCAACCACCAUCCAGUGCGUCCUCUGCAUACAUCCAGCCACAGCAGCAGAAGCAACAGCAACAGCAACAGCAACAGCAGCAGCUACAAACCCAACAUCUUCAGCAGCAACUACAACAGCAGCAGAUUCAGCAGCAGCAAUUGCAACAACAAAUCCAGGCCCAGCAGGCCCAGCAGCGGCAACAAAUUCUCGGCCCAGCCAUGAUACCGACUCAGUCGCAGCCCAACAUUCAACAGCAGCAACAGUUACAAAUGCAAAUGCAGGUUCAACACCAACAUCAAAUUCAGCAGCAGCAACAGCAGCAGCAGCGCAUGCAAGCAGUGCAGCACCAACAGCAACAGCCACAGCUAUCAAAUGACCCAACGCGAGACACACGGAACGCAGGUGCAAUUGAGGUCGUCACCAACCCUCAGACGAGCACUCUUCAACUCGCGGAGUUCGCCUCUGUGAUGGUCUAUACCCUUUGGCACACCAGGCCGAACAUCAAUGGAGCAUCGAGCAACGCCUACAACGUUGUGCCUCACCGGAUAAGCGUGCCGCCAUCUGCAGGACCGGCAUUUAAAAAGUUUUGCUUGAAGGUUCUCUCUGCAACUCAGCUCUCAUCGUCAGUGAUUCUGCUAUCGUUAAAGUACAUCCAGAAACUACUCAAGAAUAACCCCUCAAUUCAUGGACAACAGGGCUCAGAAUUUCGCCUGUUCACAGUGUCAUUGAUGCUCGCCAACAAGUUUCUGGACGACAACACGUUUACUAACAAAACGUGGUCAGAGGUGACGGGGAUCAAUGUCAAAGAGAUCAAUGUGAUGGAGAUGGAAUUCCUCAAUCAAGUGCAGUUCAGUUUGUUUGUGAGCGAGGCGGAGUAUCUGGACUGGCUGCAUAGUUUGGAAACAUGGUUGAAGCAACAGGGCCAAGCUCAAGGUCAAGGAUAACGAGGCUGACUGAGAAGGGGGCGUGGGGUGAGGACGGAGGGCGGAUGGCAAGCCAAUGACUACGCGACGAGUUUCAAAGCUCCACUGCUCUAUCCCCUUUGCCCUGGCGUGGAGCCAGGACGAUGGCCCUCAUGACACGUCUCAGCACCGCCUCUUCCUACGACAUACGACUCAAUGCAGCUUUUGAUGAUUAGGCGCAAAGGAUUCCCACAAAUAGAUUUGACAGGGCACGCAGAAUGGGCUUUUUUUUUUUUCUUUUUUUUUUUCUGUCGGAGAGCAGCGCCAACCUUUUCACUCCUCAUACCUGCUUGUAUCAUUAUUUCAUAUCUCACCAUUGUAUUAGUAUUCAUUUUUAGUAUCUGUUUCUUUCGUCUUUUCUCCGC